CACAGACAGACAAAUAGAGACAGAGAAGAGAAGAUACAAAUAGAUAAGAUGCAGCAAAUGCACUUCCUGCGAAUUGAGCAGUUGCUGCCGGAGGUUCAGGCAAGCAGGAUCGGUUUGAAGAUAGACAACUGGAUCACUUCUGGACAUUUGUUCAACUGCAAUUGCAGCGGAAGAUACAUCGGUGGACAUCGAGGGACGUGCAACAUGACUACGGGAACGAAGAAACUCGUCAAACUGGCGCCAUUCAAGCUCCGUUUCUCAAAGAUGCUGAAGUCGCGGAGUUCCGGCGAUAGUCGCAGCAAUAGUAUGGAAUCCGAGGAACAGCAACGGCAAAUCAAUCAGUCGUUGCCUUCAGGUACGGAUGUGUUUACGGAUGAACUUGAGGCGGAAACGGACAAGAAUUGUUUGUCGAUUAAAAACGAGCAGACGAUUCCCAGCUCGCCUCCGCCCUCGUACGAGCACGUUCUUGAAGAGACACGAAUGGAGUCAUCAGCUAUCGCACUGCGAGAGGCGAAGGAUGGGGAUAAGGAGAAGCAGGUUUCUAGUAACGAAAAGAGCACAGAAGAUGCUGAGAACAUUGUUGGGGGUGACGAUGGUAGCGGCGGUCCCGGAGGUGGGGACAGGAAAGCAGCCAAGGGGCCGAAAAUACUUCACAAAUCCAGCAAAGAGUUCUACAAAGCGAUGGCCAAACAGUGGGGUAUAACUUGCAAAAUGAGCGAUCAUUGCAGAUGUUUGGAUUGCCAGAGUCAUUAUUUCGAUUGCGAUUACGAGAAGGACGAGCAAGAAAAGGGCGACGGUGGUCUCAGUGCCGGUACACCGAUGUUCAUUUCCGAGGUGAUGCAUGGUACUGCCUGCGCUCUCUUGUAAAUCGUCGCUUCUUCCGGUUCCUGUUAAUGGGCAAGACGUCUACCUGAUUAUUACACGCACAAAACAGAAAAAUGGCGCCUAAAGAGCGAGCGAGCCUAAAGUGAGCUUCGACGACAGCAUCGCGUUACGCAAUUUAUAUUCUAUGUGCAAUGUCGAAGAGAUAUCUGAGCGUAUUUCAAUGUAGAAAAGGAGUCAUUCGCGCGUACAACGGAAUGAACAGACUUCGUAUGCUUUCAGCGUACGAAUGUGAGAUAAAUUAUUUUGGGAAUGAAAUGUUAAAGUUGGAUACGCGAAACAGUUGAAGGCAGCCAAUUGUACUAUUCUUCUAUCAAAGAAAUCAAGAAGUAAUUUCUUGAUUUCUUUAUACAAAAGCUGUCCACUUAUCGAACUUGGAGCAGAGUACGACAUACAUUUGAACAGUGCAACAGUUUUGAACAAUUUAUAUUCAAGAAAACAGGUUUUAGCAUUUUUUUUGCGCUUGCCUUUCAAAAGUAACGUAUUUGUUAAAAAUAUAAAGAAUAUAUAUUCUAUUGCUGUAUCGCAUAUUUAGAUUGUUUAAAUACUCUGCUGUUUAAAUGUGUCUCCUUCUCUCUCGUAGACUUAUUUUCCCAGUACUCGGUGUAACGUGUGUAACUGUGUCGUACGACGUUGCGGAAAUCCGCGUCAGCUGGCGUGACUUCUUGCAAAGUCAUUUUCAAUAUUUACGGCAUUUUGAACGCGAGUCGUUUAUCGUUGUCGUGAUUGGUGCUUAAAAACUAACUAAUUGUAGAAAGAAUCCGCCGAUCAUCGGUGCGCAUUUUAUUACAGUCAAUUGCGUCGCGCUCGUUCCAGUUGAACUUUUACAACAGAAUGACAGGGCUAUCGUGUAAACAUACAAGAGUAAAAAAAUAUAUACUUUAAAGUUUGUGUGCGUAGAAAGGCGACGUCAUUUCAGCAUUGACGUGCAAGCACACUUCAUAUAUCCUUCUAUCAAAACUUGAACUAUGAAGAUCUUAUGUUGAUCAAGCCGGAUCAAGCCCGAAAUAUUAGGUUGGUGCAAAAAGUUUUAUCAAGAUCAAAGACAGAAUUGCAGGAUUUUAAAUAAACUUUUAUGAACUAAAAUAGUCGCCAUUGACUUCAAGACAUUUUUUUUAUUAGGAAACAAGUUUUUAUACACUCGAUUUAAAAAACUUCGAACUCUCAGAAUGGAAAUUAAUAACUUUAUUUGAAAUAAAUAUUCACGGAGACGCGACAAACCUUUUUACACCUGAUACUUGUACGUCUAUAUUUUUCAAAAACCCAAUAGUCUCCUGAUCGUAUCAGUGGUAUCGCUGUGACAACGUAAAUACGUUGCACGAAUUAUUUUAUGUGGUAUUAUAGGUAUAUCUGUAUCGAAAGUUAUGGAAAGUUGAAGCAUACAACUUAUGUAACGAUCGGCCUAUUCCGAUACCAUUUUUCAACGUGAAGUUAUUUGUCCAAGAGCUGGACGUUUCGAGUCUACUUUUUAGACUUUGUAAUUUCAUUAAAACUUUUUGUAUUGAAUCUACUGGCGUACAUAUCAGUUAGUUACGAGGACUCAUUGUUAAGAAUGCGAGUGAUCAGGAGGCCAAUAAGCGUGAACUACAAAAAUUGGUCGAAAGUUGUAGAUCCUGCCCAGAGUUCUGUACUUUACGUGAACACACGGAAAGUUGAUCAUCAAAAAGUCCAUCAUCACAAAACGUUUUUGUCGUGAUUCGCGUGUUUUAAAAGAAAAUAAAACACAUUGCUUUGUUGUAAUAUUUGUGCAAGAAGAAAUCCAAUUCUUCAUAAAAAGAAUUUGAAAGGAACGAGUGUUGAACGAGUGUUGAAGAACGCAAAGAUCUCUCUUACUUCUUACCAAGAAUAUUAGUUAAAUAAUUUUAGCGAUUUUUCAAGUAGUGAUUUUCUGUGAAAUAAGAGAUGAUCAAAACUCAUUAAACGCAUGAAAGUAAUCUAGAUUGUCGAGCCCGCAAACGAGGCGACGUUAAUGCGAAUCCUUGAAGAGCGAAACAGUGUUCGAAAAAUAUUCUAGCGAAAUACAUAAUACAAUACCUGCCUAUAUUUGUUUUUAUAAAAAUAAUUUUGUCUUGCAUUUUGCAGAGAAAGAGAAACAAUUAUACACAGUUUGGCUAUACGAUAUUAUACUUUCUUUUCAGGAUAUUCCUGAAAUGUAUCUAUUUUGUUGGCCAAUAAUUUUCUUAUAUACGUGCAAACGUUUAAAAUUAAUUAAAGCAAAGUCUUCUGAGAAAAUCUCAUUCUUUUAAAGCAGUUUGAACUCCUUUAAGAGAACAAAACACUUUUAUGUUAUUAAUUCAUCUACCAGUAACAAUGUAUAGAGUGUGACUAUUUAUUCUUUACACUUAAGAACAAAAAAAAAUUAGUUGUAAAGAAAUUGUAAAGUUGAGAUACCUAAAAGAUUCUGCGAAAGUAUUUAAAGAUUAAUGACAUAUUCUUCUCUUCGUAUAUUCGUAUCUUUUUCUUUGACGCUGAAAGAAAAUCAUACAUCUCAACUAUUCGUUACACUUCCAUGAGAAUUAAAUCGUCUUAUGAAGUGAAUUUGGACAUAAAUAAUUUUUUAACGCGGAUAAAAAUAAUUUUUCAAUGAGCUCAUAAAAUCCAUUUUGAAACGUAAGUGUUAAACGUUCAUAUUGCACAAUGUUUAUUUGCUCAUUUAUAUUUGUGUGUGCUUAUGCGUGCGUACGAUACAGAGACAGAGAGUUGAAA